CCGCAGCAGCAGCAGCAGAUGCCAGCUGUUCUCCCGCAGACUGCACGGACUUUCUGGACCCAGAACACAUUCGUUGUCUAACUGUCUGAAGAUGAAAUCGCGCUGUGAAGCUGAAUCUGUCCAUUAGAAUCCAUUUUAAUGCACUUCUGACACUUUAGAAUAUAGAAGCAGGAUAUGAGAUUUUCUUGCAGCUGAACUGACUGGUGACAGUCUGCUUUCUCUGCUCUGCUCUGGGAGCCUCAGCAUGUAUAAACUAUGGAUUGUGGUCGUGAUGUGCUGUGCUCUUUUUCACUGGGGCUCUGCAGCGCCACAGUCAGCGGGUGCAGAGCCCAGACCUCGACCUGAAAGCAGGGCAGAGGAAAAUGACACGCUGGAAGAGGAGCUAGAAGGUCAGGAGAGCAUCCUGUCGAAGCUGCUGGGUGAUUAUGACAAAGUGAAAGCCCUCUCAGAAGGCUCUGACUGUCGGUGUAAAUGUGUUGUCAGACCCCUGAGCAGGAGCGCCUGUCGGCGGAUAGAAGAAGGAAGCGCCGCUGCGCAGGACUUCUACACCGUGGAGACGAUCACCUCUGGACCGGAGUGCAAGUGCGCCUGCAUCGCUCCUCCGUCAGCGGUGAACCCGUGCGAGGGAGAGUUCAGGCUAAAAAGACUUAGGGAGGCUGGAAAAGAGAAUGUCAAGCUGUCCACCAUCCUGGAGCUGCUGGAGGGUUCCUUCUAUGGGAUGGAUCUGCUGAAGCUUCACUCCGUCACCAAUAAGCUCCUGGACAGAGUGGAGAACAUCGAAAAGGUGGUGUCCUCGAAUCACGCCGUGGACGAGGUGAAGCCCCAGGAGAGGCCUCCCAUCCAGGCAGAUGUGACUCAGAGGCCACCAACUCCACUUCCACGACAGCAUCAGGAGGAGAAAAAACUCAGUGAGGUCGGCAGAGCUGCAGCAUUUCAAAACCCAGAGGAACAGUAUGAAGGGAGGUUUAUUACGGAAAAACCACCCUUCCUACAGACAGAUGGCUCCGGUCAGAUCAUUGAGGUCAGGCAUCAGGUGACUCCCAAAAAUGUGGCUAACAAGGAGGCUUCUCAGGUGUCGAAGGCUGGCCCCAAUGGGAUGAUCAUCAGAGGGAUGACUUUUUAUAAAUCUGAGCCAGAUCCAAUGGUCGCAGAUGAUGGGGAGCCUGGAGAGAACUUUUUUGAGUAUCAUGGAUUCAGUGGCGACGGCCCGGUCAACCUCUUCAUUGAGGAGAAUCUUCUUCAGCACAGAGCUCCUCGACCCAGGAUGAGAGCAGGACCAAGAAUGUUUCGACCCAAGUCAACGGGUCCUCUGCAGGACUCUAAGAAAACCAACCAGGCAGCAAAAACAAAAGAAACUGAGCCCACCCUGAAAUCUCAUGAGCUGAGUGACCCAUCCCCAACUACUAGUGUCACUUCUGGACCAAUUACUACAGCAUAUAAAAAGAGGACGGCAAACACUGAGCCUCCUACUACUCAAAGAGUUGCUGAAAUCACAGAGACACCAAUCCUUCAGGUGGUUGAACCAGCCACCACUUCUUCUGUAAGUGUCACCCCCAAGGAAACAACCGAAACUACACCAAACACAACUCAACCCUUAGAAAGUAAAGCCACAAAGGAAACUCUACUACCCAUCACAACAAGAAAUACACCCACUGAUGUGAUGGAAACCUCUACCCUGGAACUAAAAGACCAAAUGCAAACCUCACCUGGCAGUGCUUCAGCUAGUAAAAGCUCUCUUCCACUAAAUCCAACAACAGCAGCUCAAACUACCAACCCAGUGUCUACUACGACCAUCACGACCCACGCUGGUCCGACAUCUGCACCAAUGCAUCCCACAACAGCUUCCACAGCAGCGACCACUCAGGCAGCUUUUACAACACCACAAGAACACACCGAGUCCGCCUACUUCUCAGGCUCAGCUUGGCUUACUACCACUUUGCCUCCUGACACAACCACAGCUGAAACAACUACUUCUUCAGCCACCACCUCGACCAGACAGGCUGCACAAGUCAAACGGAAGUACAAAAUCAGCUGGGAGGAGGAACAAGGGGAGGAGCCACACCUGGAAUCAGACGAGCCGAUGCAAAAGCAGGAAGAAUCAGCUCUAAGGAAAUCUGGGGAAUGUAAGGACACUUUGGCAACCAUCUCUGAACCAGUAACUCACAACACCUACGGCAGGGACGAGGGAGCCUGGAUGAAAGAUCCAAAAUCUGAUAAUGACAAAAUUUACGUCACAAACUACUAUUAUGGAAACAACCUUUUGGAGUUCCGCAACCUGGAGGUUUUCAAACAAGGCCGAUUCACCAACUCCUACAAGCUUCCCUACAACUGGAUCGGCACCGGCCACGUGGUCUACGACGGCGCCUUCUUCUACAACCGAGCCUUCUCCCGAGAUAUCAUCAAGUUCGACCUGCGGCAGCGUUACGUGGCUGCCUGGACGAUGCUGCACGACGCCCUGUUUGAGGAGUCAUCGUCGCCGUGGGAGUGGCGCAGUCACUCGCACAUCGACUUCGCCGUGGACGAGAGCGGCCUGUGGAUCAUCUACCCGGCGCUGGACGACGAGGGCUUCCUGCAGGAGGUGGUCGUCUUGAGUCGACUGAACCCGUCGGACCUCAGCAUGCAGAGAGAGACCACGUGGAGAACCGGGCUCAGGAGGAACUACUUCGGGAACUGCUUCAUCGUGUGCGGCGUCCUGUACGCUGUUGACAGCUACAGCCAAAGGGACGCCAACCUGGAAUACGCCUUCGACACGCACACGAGUACUCAGAUGAUCCCCAGGAUGCCCUUCAUUAACAACUACACCUACACCACGCAGAUUGACUAUAAUCCCAAAGAGGGAGUUUUGUACGCGUGGGACAACGGACAUCAAGUCACGUACAACAUCAAGCUCGCCUACGUAGACCCCUAGUGAGGGUUCCACAGUCCCUUUUUAGUUUUAAUUCUGUGGUUUUCAAUGGAUUGUAGAUCAGUCCACGUGGCCUUCGGUUUGGAGAUAAAUUGGGGCCAAAUGUGCAAACAUACUUCAGUAUAUUGUGUUUAAAUGGUUCUUCUCAGUAUUUUUUUAUUUGUACCGAAAAUGAAUGAGCCUGAUUCCUCAGUCAACACAUCAAGUUGUACUGUAUAUAUUGUAAUGCUGUUAAGAAAAAAAGAAGCUCAGAAUAAUCAAGACGCAUAGAAUUCAUAAAAGCUUACACUUUGAAACAAUCCCAUGUUUCUGUUUAAUGCACACUAUUUUGUAUAUUUCUUGCCAUCAUAUCCCACGGGUCCUUUGUCAUGUGAAAGCACUUAUUCUCUCCAUAUCAGCCUGUUCUAAGGAGACUGCAAUAAAGUUUGGAAACACUAACAGAAAA